UAUUGUUUGGCAUAUCGAGGAAAGAAGAAACUGAUUUGAUAAAUUCUAGUUAAUAUCUUCGCCGUGUUAUUUUGAAAUAAGCAAAAUCGAUGUGUGAAAACAUGUCACAGAUAUGCGCUGUUGUAUUGGUGGUUAUAUUGAGUUUAACAACUGUGGAUGCUGGUAAAAAAUACCAAUCUUACCUUCACAAAUGGCACUGCGGACUAAACUACAGGACGCCACGUGACUACAACGAGGGCCAUACCUUCUCCUUUGGAUUUUGCUUCAAAGACCCGUCCCAAUUUUGUUUUAGACAUGCCGUGACAAUGAACGGCUGUAAACAGCACAGUAACAUGGGCUUAUAUUGCUGCAUUAUGGAGAAUGUAAACGAAAAAUAUUUCCACUCAAGAAAAUAUAACCGUACAGAAGUUCACACGUGGCUCACUAAAGACAAGUUUCUGUCCAUAACGUCACUUUUUAAAAGAAACAUUGUCAUGUACAGAUUUUUAAUUAUGGACAUUGCAAUAGCUAACAUUGAUACAAAAGAAGAAUUGGCUGCAUUCCUCUCCAUUGUAUUUCUUGACACAAAUUUUCUGACCAAUAUGGAGGAACAUUUACCAGUAGAUAUUGCUAAAAAUGUUUCAACGCAUGGUGAAAAUGAUGAAAUCAAGUUUAUUGGGCGUGGCGCAAUACAUGUGAAAGGAAGGAAGUUCUACCAAUGGAUAAGUCCGAAGUUAAACAAGCUUUUACAAAAAGAAGGAAAGCAUAAUUUAACAUUAAUAAACGCAGUUGGGGCCCCAGAAGUAUUACUUUUUCCAACAUCCGCAUUCCGAACUGCUGCAUAUAUUUGGGGUGAAAGUUAUUCUUAUGUUAGAGGGAAACCAUUGGGAAAAUUAUAUAAAAGACUAGCUGAUGGAAGUCUGGAGAAUAUGGUGAAAAUAUUAUAUCAUUUAAAAAAUGAUACCAAACAACUACCAGCUCUGUUGAACAUAUGGCAAAGAGUUAGAAAGGUUCUAAAUUGUCCCGGCGAUAUCAAAAGGGAUGAAAAAAGACGAGGGUCUUACCAUUGCCUUUAUGAACCAUUAUGUCGCAGUGGAAUAAUGAAUGAAGAUGAUGCUUUUUGCAACACGGGUGGAUAUCCGAAGAAAAAACUUUGCUUAGAGCAUACAAAGGAUCUUCUUGUUGUGUUAAUGUUUCAUCCAGAUUUUCCGCAAAACCAUCGCAAACACAAGGUUGAAACUUUUGUUUCGAACAUUUUUGCGGAUUAUUCCCGUCAAUCAAAUAUUAAAGUGGCAUUUUCCAUUGAUGAUUCAUGCUCAAUCAGCAGAGCGUUUUCAAAGCCAUCAAAAUUGUAUCAGUUUCUUCGUACAAUGCCAAACUCAUUACCGAUGAAACUAUCCACAAUGAUCAAUGCUACUGUAGAAACUUUGAAGGAAAGUCGACGAAGGAAAAAUCAUCACGAAAUGAAGUACAUUAUCGCCAUAAUAUCAGACAAAGAGAAAGUAUUUUCUGAUGAAACUUUGGGACAGAUAAAUAAUGCUGAAGAUGAGAACAUCCACGUUUAUUCUCUAUUUGCAAAUCACGAUAAACAUUUUUAUAGAAUGGAUAAUAACCAUACCAUGUCUCUGCAAAGUCGUCAGUUAAACCUAAAUCGAGAUGAUAUUACUGAGAGGCUAUGCAAUGAUCCUUCUUAUAUACCAACAAACAGGCCGACACUGAUUCGCUUAAAGCAAAAAGAAAAACAUACCUAUGUUAUCAAAGUAAAAGACUAUCUGACAAAAGAAGGGAAGAAGAAUGUAAUGAUCUACAUAAGAAAUUUGAAAGGAAAAAUUACACAUCAAUUUGGUAAAAUGAACUGGCCUUUACCUUUUGAAAAUGAUGUGUCAUAUGAUGCAGUACACACUGUGAGAAAGUCGCUUCAAAUACAUGAUACAUACGCACGCUUUAAAGGUGAUCCAUAUACAAUCAAAAUGAAGUAUUCAUCAGAAAACAAAAUAUAUAAAUACAAUCCAGACUCGUAUGAUAUUUAUAUACUGUUUGAAGGUGUCAAAGCAGAUAAUCUAGCCGAACUAUUUUUCACAAAGGAAGAACUUGAUAAAGUUAUAAUCCAGGAACUACCAACUCCAUUGAAAGUGAGUUGCAUAGUAUCCAUUUGUUUCCUCGCAAUAUUGCUGUUUACCUUUGCACGACACAGUUUGGUAUUAGUGACAAGACUAAAAGAAGGUUUACGCCGUUUAAUUGGCUACACAGACGACUCCCCAUGUCAUUCAAAAGAACCAGGUUGCAGAUGGUGUUACCGAAGACUAUCAGAUGAUAAAGCGUACUGGAUGCUAUACAAUAGAGAAAAUGGUACGGUAGAUACUGAAUGUAUUCGACGAAAUUCAUUUUUAACAGAACCUAUACGAAUGGAGAAAACAUUGGAUAAGUGUAUGGUUUGUCGAAAUAGAUUGGACUUUGUCUUCGUUAGUUCCAUUCACUUUUUGAGAAUAUUAAUGUUAAUUAUUAUGGAAAGCCUUAUUUUUGCUGGAAUUUAUCGAGUGGAUACGCAGACACAGUGCAAUGUUCUCUCUGGCUUUCUGAUCUUUGUGAUUCAAAUGGUCAUUUUGCUAUGCUCUACUGAAAUGUUGUAUUAUUGUGGAUGGAGAGAGAUUACUAAAAAUAAAGCAUGGUGGAGUGCAAUGUCGGCAUAUUGCAUUGCAUUUUCACUUACUAUUGGAUAUACACGAAAUACGCACAAUCAAAAUUGCUGGCCACUUUCAAACGAUAUCCAGGGAUAUGUUACAUUGGCUUGCGUAUUAAUGCUGACAACGAUUUUCUUUGUUCUGAGUAUCUACUAUGUUUGGAAUAAUGGCAAGCGCUGUUCAACAUUAACACAUUACUGCCUGAUGCUGAUUUCAAUGAUGAUAUUUUUGUUGGCUGUAAUCUUGCUGCAACAACAUCCUCUUGAAAAUCCAGAUAAAUUUGCAACCGUUUUGUUCUUCUCAAUUUUAAAUUGCUUCACAAUGUUGUUGGUUUUCUUCUUCACUCUGGCAGUACAAGCGAAGACCCAGAAUUGGUGUAUGGAUCGUGCGAACAGCAAGCUCACACUUGACUCAAACGAGUUUCUAAAUAACAACAUCAACACACGACCGCAGCAGUUUGACAAAGCAUUAGACGAGGCAGCAGAGAAAGAAAAAUGCAACCAAAAAAGCAGUUUUGUUUUAACAAACAAUGAUCAAUCGAAACAGGCCUUGAAAAAACUUUCUAUUUUAACAUCGAAGCCUCCUUCAUACGCAUCUCACGUAUCAAAUGGAAUGAAUUCCAUUAGUUUACCUAACUAUACAAUACAAUCAGUGUUAUGUAAUUCUAACUCAUCCAUGUGUAACGAAGUGGAAGAUGAAAUCGACAAUGGUUUUGAAAUCAUCGUUCGGAAACGUCCACGGAGCGCAUCUGCUAUGGUGUACAAUACAAAAUACUUAGACGCUCCAAAUGAUAUGCUACAGUCAAAAUCUGCUGAAAUUUGUAAACAUGCAAAACUUCGGCGUGAGGCUAGUGACAGUGAAACAUAUACAUUUGUCACACGCACUCCACCUGUUAUUGAAAUACAUCAUGGUUCUGACACGGAGUAAGUGAGGUAACAAACUCAUCAGACAAAGGAAUUACAACUCAAUGUCAACUCCGGAACUUUAAGUUGGGAUAUUUGUCGUGAUUCAUUUACAGCAAAAGCAACGAAGUGGCAAAUUAGUUAUAAAGGCCAUAUCUCAUUUGUUGAAAUACAUGAUGUUCUAGCCAUUUAUAGUUUAAUAAUGACUAAUAUGUAUAUAUUUGAAAUAUAUUCAAAAAAUAAAUAAAUAGAAUGUGUGGAAUCUAUUUCCAGAAAUAAAUAAACGUACGGAUUACCAUCUGCGCCGAAGUGACGACAAACUACAACCUUGUUUUAAGUGCUUGGUGUCUCUUUUUUAUAACCGGGACGGCGAAAUGUCAGAAAAAGUACAAGAUGCCCUGGGUAGGUUGGGUAAUACCUAAUCAUAUAUGUUGAAAAAUUAACUCCAAGUCCACGAUGCUUGUUACUUGUUUCCGUAGGAGAUUAAAAUCGACAGCUCUCGGUGUUACCGUACGUAGAUGCUGUCUUGACAUCACACUUUAUACUGUGUACAGAGAAAAAACGCAAAAUCAGA